AUGUCACUAAAGAUGAAAGUCUUCAAGUCGCUGAGUUGUUCACUCUGCGAUACGCCAUAUUCCAAUCAAAUCCCCUUUCAUCCAUCGAGCCCAUAUCAAUUAUCGUGUGGCCAUGUGAUUUGUCGAAAUUGUUGGGAUAAAGAGAAACAAUUUGAUUUGAAAGAACGAGCUCAUCAGUGUGAUCACAAUGGAUUUCUCGUAUCAAGUUACAUGAUUUCAUCGAUAUUAAAUCUUUUAAAUCAUCCAUCAAUCAGCCUGGCUCCUGAUGGAAGCGGGUUUUUGCUGAAAAAACCAUUCAACGUGCCAUCUUGCUCGAACUGUCACAAAGAAUUUUUCACAGAGCCUCAAAAGAGAAAGCCCUUCGAAUUAGGGUGCGAUCACACAAUUUGUUGGGAAUGCUUUCGGAAAAUUGGGAAAACAAUAGAACAAAGCGAUUUUUAUUGUGAUAUUAAGUGCCCAGAUUGUGGGAAUUCUCGUGAUUACUCGAUGAGAUAUGUGAAAAGUCUACUUGAAGAAUUUCUCGAAGAGAUCCCAGAAAUGACUGAACAGAUUCAAAGACUCAAAAUUGAGUUGAUCUUUGCUUCAUAUCGGGAAAAGUUCGCGAAAUACGAUGAAGAAUUUGAAAAAGCGUUCACUGAACUUGAAAAAAAAAUAUCGAAUCAAGAACAAAAACGUCAACAACAAGAAUGUCAAGAGCAAGAAUGUCAAGAACAAGAACGUCAACAACAUGAAUGUCAACACCAAGAAUGUCAACAACAAGAAUGUCAACAUCAAGAAUGUCAACAACAAGAACGUCAACAUCAAGAAUGUCAACAACAAGAACUUCAACAACAAGAAUGUCAACAAGUUCCAGAGUCGUGUGCUCAGAGACGGAUUGAUGAACCGGAU